AUGGCCAACCAGAAAAUGGAAGACACUCACAUGAGCGAUGGUGACGGAGCUCCUGUCAACCAAUCCAACUCCACCCUCAACGCCGGCCAGACCAUGGAGCUGACCUUCCGGUCCGGCAGAACCACCACCCUCGAGAACACCCCGCCGUCUGCUCCCACCCAGGCCAGCUUUCCGGGCAUCUUCUCGCUUACGGAUCCCCCGGGCACCAACGCCCCUUCGAACAGCCAGGCCAGCGCCUCCACCACCCCCACCACCACUGCCGGCGCCAGCACCACGGCCACACGCCCCACCGCACCCGCCGCACAAGCAACCACCGGACGCCCUCUAGCCAAAUACGGCAACAAGAACCCCUGGCACACGUGGGGCCGCCUGGCCGAAAUCAUGCGCCAGAACCCCGACGAGCCCGCCCGCAGCUUCACGGAGAUCCGCAAGCGCUCGGUCCCCGUCAUGCGCAAGAGACGCCAAGCCAUCAGCAAGCGGGCCAUCAGGCGCAAGGAGUCCGGUUCGCGCCAGAAGCUGAAAAACCAGGCGCGCAAUCAGGUCAGGGCGAACGCCCUGGCAAACGACCCCGUCUACAAGCGCAUGACGGAGGUCAUGGGCCAGCCGGGCGGCGACUCCCACACCGCCCCGGUCAAGCACGUCGAGGACCAGCUCCUGAAGCUGGGCAAGGGCGACGCGGUUACGUACCGCUGCUGCCAUUGCGGCAAGGCAGGUCGCCAGAAGCAGAGCAUCAAGGGAAAGGAAGUCGAGGGGAAGGGCGGCGCGAGGUGCCAGUGUGGCCACCAGCUGUGCAUGUUCUGCCUCCAUGUCGAGACGGAGGAAGAUGAACUCAUCGACUUUGAGUUCAUGGGCUUGGGCGAUGAUGAGGGCGACGAUGAGGAGGGAGGCGAGGAUGGUGGUGAUGACGGCGGCGGCAUGGGCGGUGCUGGCGUGACGCUGGAGGUCGCCGCGUAG